AUGGAGGUGUACUACACAGAUAGUUACGGGUGGCAGACCAACGGGACGUUCGACGGUGUGAUAGGCAUGAUGCAGCGCGAGGAAAUCCAGAUAGCCGCCUCGUCGCUCUUCAUGAGGCGUGACAGAAUGCCGUACGUGGACUUCGCCGCAGAAGCUUUCUAUCUCAAGACGGCUGUGGUGUUCCGGCAGCCGACGCUGGCGAGCGUGACGAACAUCUUCACGUUGCCGUUCAGCACGGCCGUGUGGGCGUGCUGCGUGCUGCUGUGCGUGCUCACGCUGCUGCUGUUCGGCGUGCAGCUCCGGCUGGCGGCCAGGCGCGGCAUCGAGGGGGAGCUCACGCACGUCACCUACCCGGAGCUCUUCACGUUCGUGCUCGGCUCCAUCUGCCAGCAAGGUCUGCCCCAGACGCCCACGUCGCUGUCGGGUCGCGUCACGGUGUUCGUGCUGGCGCUGACCUCACUCUUCCUGUUCACCUCCUACUCGGCCAACAUCGUGGCGCUGCUGCAGUCACCCAGCCACUCCAUCCGCUCCGUCUCAGACUUGGCGUCAAGCCCUCUGACGCUGGGCGUCCAGGACAUCGCCUACAACAAGGUGUAUCUCGGGGAAACGACGGACAGAGAACUGCGACAGUUCGUGCGCCGCAAGAUGCAGCCGCUGGGCAACCGAGUGUACUACAACGGCGCCGAGGGCAUGGAGCGAGUGCGGAAGGGCAUGUUCGGCUUCCAGGUGGACACCAGCACGGCCUACAAGAUCAUCAGCGAGACGUACACGGAGCGCGAGAAGUGUGGCCUCAUGGAGGUCAACCUCUUCCCGCUGCCGCCGCUCUGCGUCGCCACCACCAAGCACGCUGGCUACCGGGAGAUGUUCUCGCAAAGAGUGGGAUGGCAGCGAGAGGUGGGGAUCCUGACGCGGCAGCGCCGGCUGUGGCUGCCCCAGAGGCCCGUCUGCGAGAACAUGGUCAGCGGCUUUGUCAGCGUCGGUAUCAUGGACUUCUACCCCGCGCUGCUCGUGCUCCAGUACGGCAUAGCUGGCGCCAUCGCAGUACUCGCCCUGGAGCUGCUGUACUUCCACAGGAGCAGACUGUUGCACCGUAUGAGAUGCAUCAGCUCGCUGUCUGCAGCAAAGCCACCAGACUACUAUAUGGCCGCCGUCGAUCAUAUAUCCCAGAAGCGACCGCAGAUGCAGCAUGUGGGGUCGCGAUUGAAAUAA